CAGCUGUUAGUGUUUGUGUGUGAGUCUCUGUACUUUCUUCUGUAUUUCAGCCCCUCCAGUUCAACUCUGCCACCUGGACUGGUUCGCCUUGCAACCAAACAGUUGAACUGGCAAUUGGUGCUGGCAAGUAAUGGGAAGCUUCUGGCUGUGGUUCAGGACCAAUGCGUGGAAAUUAGGUCAGCUAGAGAUGACUUUGGAUCCAUCAAAGGAAAAUGCCAAGUACCCAAGGAUCCAAACCCUCACUGGCGCAGGGUCACGUGGAGUCAUGACUGUGCUCUUCUGGCGUACGCUGACAGCACCGGUACGGUCCGAGUCUUUGACCUGAUGGGCAGCGAGCUCUUCAUUAUACCACCGGCUAUGAGCUUCCCGGGAGAUUUUAGCUAUGCAGCAGCCGGCCUGAUGUUCUUGGAAUACACCGCCAGUGCCCAGUGGUCAGCGGAGCUGCUGGUGAUCACCUACAGCGGUCAGCUCAAGAGUUACCUAGUCAGGUUGCUGCUGGUGGGAGGGUGUGAGUCUGGAGACAGUAAUGUGUCCAGGGCAAGCCGUUGCGGGAUCACAGCGUGGAGGGUGUUGUCAGGGUCACCCCACUAUAAACAGGUCACCAGCUAUGAGGACGACAUCAGUACAUCCCAGAGGCGAGGAUUCUUCAGGAUGCCCAGCUUUCGACUUUUCUCCAGGCAUAACAGUGAACAGGAUGGUGUGUUCCGAAUGAGUCUGUCUCCUGAUGGCACAGUGCUGGCUGUGAUCCACUUCUCUGGCAGUCUCAGUCUCUGGGAUAUUCCAUCAUUCAAACUGAGAGGCAGCUGGAAACAAGAGGAACAAGUAAUAAAGUCACUCUAUAAGGAGCAGUACCAGUCUCUGCUAGAUGUGAGCUGGUGGAGUGAGACUGCUUUGAUUUUAGCCCGCUGUUCUGGGGCUCUCACUGUGUCCUCUGUGCGGACGCUCAAAAACUUACUUGGCAAGUCCUGCGAGUGGUUUGAAACCUCACCGCGUGUCACCUCGGCCCAUGAUGGGGGCUUCCUCAGUUUGGAG